AUGACAACAGUAGAUCUUAACCCUUUAUCCCCACUCCCGUUUCUCUUGGUUAUGGAAGCGUUAUCUAAUAUUUUUGUCAAAGCUGGUGAGGCAGGUUUGUUUAAAGGUUUCAAAACUCCUAAUAACGGACCGAAAAUCUCUCAUCUCUUUUAUGCUGACGACGCUCUCAUACUGGGGGAAAGGGAUAAGGAUAGUAUGCUUAAUGUGGCUAGAUUUCUGAGGAUUUUCUACAUGUGUUCGGGGUUAAAACUUAAUUUACAUAAAUCAAAUUUAGUGGGGUUGGGUGUGGAAGACUGGGAAAUCAAUGAGAUAGCUAAGGUGAUAGGGUGUGAAAUGGACAAUAUCCCGCUUACUUACUUGGGGAUAACGGUGGGAACCAAUAUGAAUAAAAUUUCUAAUUGGAAUCCGGUCAUAGAGGUUUUUGAUAAAAUGUUGUCGUUGUGGAAAUCUAAAACCCUUUCAAUUGGGGGAGGCUUACUCUGA